CAUAUCUGUGAAGGUCAAGCGUUGGGUGAAGCUACUACUUAGCAACUCUGUAAACAUGACAUUGAAGCUACCAUUUACCUUGAUUGUCACAGGCCUUACUCUUAUGGGAAGACUAUCUGUGAUUGGAGGUCGAUUAUCUGACAGACAGAUCAAUAAUAUGGCGGAGAGUGGUCCCUACUGCUACGCCUGUGACAGCGUCAACUUCCCCAGCGAAUGUGAACAUGUAGAGCUGUGUGAGACAACGGAGGUAUGUUUUACUCAGCGGUACACAAGAUCAGAUAACAUGACCGUCUAUCGCAUGGGAUGUCGCCCGUCAACGGAGUGUGGCCCUGCUGGUCUCCCAGACAACUGUCUGUCAUGCUGCAACAUCAGCCACUGCAACAGUCUCCUAUGUGACAAGUAUGCGGCGACACAUCGGCCCUGCUACAAAUGUGACGAUCUCAUACAACCGGGAGAUUGUGAGAUCAUCACUCCAUGUGACCUCAAACACGAGAAAUGUUUCAUGGAGAAAGUCUUAACAGACACCUACAAUCUGCGAUAUAACCUAGGGUGCUUGCGAUCUCACGUGUGUGAGGAGCUACAGUCUCAAUUUCAGAGGAAAGGUCGUGAUCACGUGAUCACGCAGAUUUGCGCCAGCUGCUGCGAUGGUACCAACUGCAACAACGUCGACUGCGACUCUACGAACUAAUGUCUUCUUAAUCCACCUGUAGUCAUGUUCGUAAACAAUUUAAAAUAUUUUGAGUUCUUUAAAA